AUGCGACCAGCGACACAGCAAGAAGAGGCGUUUCUGGAGAUGGAGGAGGAGAUUGAGGCCAUCGAGAUUAUGAAUCUCGCGAAUGGUCCACCGCCGAUAGAAGUAACCGAAGAAGUAGAGGACCGCCUCUGCAUGGAGGCGGAGGAACACUUCGGGUUUGAGGAGGUGGCAGCGAGGCGGGCUCUGGAGGAGCUGUACCGUCCAUAUGAGAAGAACCUCGACUUCAUGCGCACUGUGCAGAACGGCGCUUUCCUGCUGGUGGACGAGCAGCGUGCAGAGCAGGCGAGCUACCGGGAGCUGGUGGUGCUGCGCCAUGCGACUGAGCGGCUGCUGCGUGUGGUGGACACGUCGAUGCACUCCGUCAUCCAGAGAGAGCGGCAUGCAGCGCACAGAGAGCUAGCAGCAGCGCAGAGGGCGAGGCAGGAGGCGGAGGUGAGGCAACAGCGGUGUGGGCGGCUGGAGAGGGAGCUUGGCGAGGAGAGGAGCCAACAUGCUGCCGUUGCGGCUCUGCUGCAUGACAUGCUAUGGUGCACUGCGCGUGACCGCACCCAUUGUUUUCCCAUCUGCCUGCCAUCACUGUGGCAGGAAGCAGAGAGGGAUCGCAGCACUUGCCGCAUCUGCUACACCAAGUCCCAACCAAUGCCUCUCAUCCGUUUACUUAUUGCCUCAACUCGGCUGUGGGUGCGGCCUCUUCGAUUCAAGUUCAACCCCCUCACUCCCUUUCUUCACUUCCUCUCCUCACCUCACUCAUGCCACUCCUUUCUCAAACACUCCCGUCUCUCCCCCACACUCCCAUUUCCCCCCACACUCCCUUUCUCCCCGCACUCCCCUCAACCCGCCCCUAUUUACUGGCGUGGCCUGGUUGCCUCAUGGACGGCAGGCACUGAGAAGAGCACGGCAGGCAGCGUCAUCAUAGCAGUCAUCACUGCCGCCCAGACCAGUGCGGGGGACGAGCAGUCCCACUGGAAGCUCCAAGGAGGCUUCGGGAGCAAAACAUUUGAUACGGUGAAGGCUGGGUGA